CGUGUUCGCCGCGUGCGCGCAGUUUGGGGUCCUCAGGUGCUGCGUGUGGAGAGUUUAACUCUCGGGAUUUUGGUCUGUGUCCCUGCCCGGUCCUCUGUGCAUCCCCGGGCCUUCCACCACGACUGCGAGAUUCUGAAGGAGAGCAAAGGGCAAGGACCCUCUUUUGUAGUAACUUCGCCCUGUCAGCCGGGAGUACAGUUUGCCCUCAGAAGGUGUUUUCUACAACCUUAGGAAGCAAUGGUUCAUGAACUUGAGCCAAUCAGUAAGACUUCUGAACUUGAAUACCCCUGAAGUAUGCUAAGGGGUACCCGAUGUCGCAAGACACAACAUGGCCCAUCAUUCUACAAUGUCAAUUGUCCUUGAUACCUCCUUGAAGUCACACGUUGUGCACCGGCGUGGGCUCAUAGAACUGGCAGAGACCAUAGACUGUGUUGGGCCCCGCAAUCCCCUGGCUUAUGUUAGCUAUGGCUGCUAUUGUGGCCUGGGUGGCCAUGGCCAACCUCUGGAUGCCAUUGACCGGUGCUGUCAUCAUCACGACUGCUGCUACCAGCGUGCCAACGAGGAGGCUGGCUGCAAGACCAAGGUGGAGCCCUACUCCUGGAAGUGCGUCAAUCAGAGCAUUGUAUGUGGACCAGCAGAGGACAAAUGUCAAGAACUCUUGUGCAAGUGUGACCAGGAGAUUGCUUACUGCUUAGCCAAAACUGAGUAUAAUUUAAAGUACCUCUUCUACCCCCGUUUCUUAUGUGGGCACGACUUGCUCAAGUGUGACUAACUAGCUUGACUUG